UGGACUUUUGGAGCAAAUAAAUGAGAUGAUAUAUGCAAAUCAUCAAAAUGCCUUUGUUCGAGAAGCUUGUGCUGUGAUACAAAAAAACAUCGAAGCCCAUGGCUUACAGAUGGAAGCGUGUCAUGUCCAGGACUAUGAAGCCAGAUUGUAUGCGAUGCAAGGCGAUGGAUUGGUUAAUGUUCCAUUACAGGCUGAAGUACCACAUCUACAGGCUCCCCCACAUCCACAUGCUCCAGAACAUCUACAGGCUUUACUACAGGAAGGGGCUGCAGCACCACCACAUGCUCAUGCACAACAACCUGCAGUUCAACCACCACUGCACCCUCAAGCACAACAACCUGCAGUUCAACCACCACUUCACCCUCAAGCACAACAACCUGCAGUUCAACCACCACUGCACCCUCCAGCACAUAUACUGCUGCCAACUCAGCAAAUUGGCAUUCCUAAUCCAGUUGCUGGAGGACAAAGACGUCCUUACCAUGCAAUAGCGUGUGAAAAUGCUCAGGCACUAAAUACCUUUUUAACUCUUUAUCGACCGACGGUAUUGCAUUACAUAAUACGAGUCAAUGUUUCUAAUGUAAAUAUUUCUGCGAGUAUUUCCCCUUUGAAACUAAUACCACCAUUGAAAUCCUCACAAAAUAACCGGUUGAAAUGCUGUCAAAACAUUACACAAACCGAAACAAUCAUAUAUUUACUCACCGCUUGGCCAAACAUUCUGCAUUUCAUAUCAAGAAAAAGUAGAAUAUCUUCUAAACUUUUCAUUACUUCACAUCGGUUAUAUGAGUAAAGUACUCUUUGUAUUCAAGCGCUUUUGUGUAGAAAGUUUCGUUUGGAUACGGCGAGUAGAAAUAUUUAUUUUGAAUUUUUCAAGGUAUCGGGUUUUUACUCGCAUGCACACGUAUUGCAUAAUACUUGGCCAAUAAGGAGCUCCUUUAGCCGAGAUGACGUCAAACUCGUGAGUAUAGGUGCACUUUGACCUUUAGAAUCGAUUGCUGGCAUUUCCAGAGUCAUACGAUACAAACCUCGCAUUGUUUUGACGUUUUGAAAUUUAUUUCCGGUUCAGAUUAAACACACAAUCGGGCCAGAAAUGCCAUGUACUUUUGUCAAAUACGAAGAUACAGACUCGCAAAUGACUCCCGAAAUACAGCUGGUGACAUCGAUUUUAACAAGACUAUUACAAAGAAGACACAUCCGAAGGGGCCGAAGUUAUGUUAGGCGAAAGGUAUGGCUAGUCUAUAUUUUUGUUCAGACAAUUGUGUAAUUUGAUAAUAUACAAUCUCGCUUGACUUUCAAAGCUCAUAAAUCGCCAUAAAGUUGACAUAGACGAAAACUAUCAUUAGGAAUUAGUAGAGAAUUUUAUACUGAAUCGAAUGGCGGUAUUUUCAUCUAAACAGCAUUAACUGAACCAGAGAUAUGAACCUUGCACAAUACUAUUUCAGUUCUGGAAUAGUUUUCUAGGGGGUGGUCAAAGAGGAGUUAACCAGGGAAUUGCCAGUUUUAACUCAACUAAUACAACAAACAAUGGAUAUGAUGAACAAACUAAUUAGAAGACAAUUAGACCAGUAAUUUUGUUAUUUUCGUAUUUACAUAUGUAUAUUUAUAUUCGUAUUCAUAUUCACAUACAUUCAAAUAUAUAUGCACAUAUAACAUUUAAAAUAUAGUUGAUUUUCCUUUGAUAUUUAACAUAUAUUAAUAUUACCACUCAACUCAACCAUAACAUGUCAAUUGUCAACCAUUCUGUGAAUAUUAACGUAUAUAUCCAAGAUUAUUAAAAGUUUUGUGAAAGUUCAAUAUGUCUUUCAGCCAAGAGCGCACACAGUUCGUUUACAAUGGGAAACAUCCAACGCUCAUGAUGCCAAAGGUGGUGUAUGGCUCCGUAUUUUUAAACUCUUAUACAGUGCUCUACGGGUGUUCAAUGUUUUGAGAAUUCCCUGUUGA